CCUGCAAUCACCACCCGUGACGUCACCACUGAUAACGAGUAUGUCUGAUACUCACAUGACACCCGUACACCGAUCGUACUCCAGUAUAGCUGUACGUAGUGAAGGUACAUAAAGACGGACCUUAGAUUAACACGGGACACCACAUUCCCCACGGGUCCUCAAACGUUUAGUAUAAGCCGAUUUGCUCUAUAUCAGGUAUUCAACUUGUGAACAUAAACGUUGAAACCCGGGUGCACCCACACGGGCGCAAUGGGGUUCUUCAAACAGCUCGGCUUGCUGAUGUGGAAAAACUGGUUGCUACAAAAGAGAAAAGUGUGUGUGACGGUUUUUGAAAUAUUUCUUCCCCUGUUGUUUGCCAUCGUGCUUCUUAUGGUGAGAUUUCUGAUUAAAACCAACCCCAAAGACGCUCCCACCUUGUACUCCGACUUCAGUGUGGAUUCCAAUGGGACGAGAUUCGUUGGAGGAAACGCCGGGAGACUGGUGUUGUACACACCUAACUCUACUGUGAUCAACGCCUUGAUGGAUGACGUACAACUGACUAUGAACCAGUCUAUAUCAGUGGAAAUGAUGGGAUUCUCAACCGAGGAAGCCAUGUUGAACUUUUUCUCCUUCAACUCCCAAAACCUGACAUGCGCAGUGCAGUUCAACGUUGCUGCUGACGACACGUCUCUACCGCAAAAGUUGACGUAUGCCGUUAGGCCCCGGAUUCUGUCGGAGGACGACAGAUGGCGGACACGACAAACCUUCCCAUUCUUCCAGACAAACUCUCCCCGAAGUCCCACAACUCCAGAUUAUAAAGGGUCCGGCUUUCUGUGGGUACAGCGUGUCGUGAAUGAAGCCAUCAUCAAAACCCAUAACUCAAGCGCCUCCAGCACUAUAGAUGGCCUUGACAUUCGCCUAAUGCGCAUGCCCUACCCGCCAUACAUCGUGGACCCCAUGAUUCAAGUCUUGCAGACCCAGCUACCGAUAUUCCUCUUGCUGAGCUUCAUCCUCUGCACAAUUCAAACAACCAAAGGCAUUGUCUACGAAAAAGAGAAAAAACUGAAGGAGUCCAUGAAGUUGAUGGGCUUGAGCGCUGCUGCACAUUGGAUGUCUUGGUUUCUGACGGUCUUCAUCUACAUCGUGUUGGUGAUGGCGGUGUACACGUUGCUGUGUGGCGUUAGCAUCAGUGCGAAUGGUCCGGUGUUAGCCCAAAGUGACCCCUCUCUGCUCUUCGUGUUUCUCCUCUGCUACGGCAUGUCGGUCGUCUCAUUCUGCUUCAUGAUCAGCGUGUUCGCGAAGAAAGCCAACGUGGGUGCAGCCAUAGCAGGAAUCCUCUUCUUCUUCACCUACUUCCCCUACUUCUUCCUCCAAUCUCGCUAUGAAACUAUGUCUCGGCCUGAGAAGCUGAGUGCCUCCAUCCUCCUCAAUAUGGCCAUGGCGUACGGGGCGAACGUCAUCGCCUUGUACGAAGGGACUGGUGCGGGAGCUCAGUGGAACAAUUUCACCAGCCCAGCCACAGUUGAUGACAACUAUUCCCUCCUGGACGCAAUGCUCAUGUUGCUAGGCGACACCCUCAUUCAUCUGGUCAUCACGUGGUACGUGGACAAUGUCCGGCCAGGCGAGUUUGGCGUACCCAAACCGUGGUACUUUCCUUUCACCUUUUGGCGAUCACAAAAUGGAACUUAUUGGUGUGGCGCUGAGAAAGUCAAAGUUGAUGCAAGUGAUGUCAAGCACUCCGACGAGAGACAUUUUGAGAAGGAACCGAAUGGUCUCAAUCCAGGUGUAUGCAUUAAGAAUCUAAGUAAGGUUUUCGGCUCCGGGUCUAAGAAGAAGGUAGCUGUCAAUGGAAUGAAUCUCAACAUGUACGAGGGUCAGAUCUCUGUCCUCCUGGGUCAUAACGGUGCUGGAAAAACUACAACCAUGUCUGUCCUUACCGGAUUUAUUCCCCCAUCUGGAGGAACCGCACUCGUCAAUGGCCACGACAUUCGAACAGACAUACAGGGUGUCCGACAGAGUCUCGGACUGUGUCCCCAGCACAACAUCCUGUUUGACAGUCUCACCGUGGUGGAACACAUGGAGUUCUUCGCCGAUUUGAAAGGAUGUAAGAAGCACGAAGCCAAAACAGAAGUUGACCGAAUUAUCCACGAAGUCGGUUUGGACUUGAAGCGACACACCCAGUCCCAGCAUCUGUCCGGGGGCCAGAAGAGAAAACUGUCGGUGGGGAUAGCCCUCAUCGGGGGGUCCAAGAUCGUCAUCCUGGAUGAGCCGACUUCCGGUAUGGAUCCUGCAGCCAGGAGACAGACAUGGGACAUCCUUCAGAGGAACAGACAGGGCCGGACCAUGCUGCUGACCACUCACUUCAUGGAUGAAGCUGACCUUCUGGGUGACCGCAUCGCCAUCAUGGCAGAGGGGGUGGUCAAGUGCUGCGGGACAUCGUACUUCCUGAAGAAACUCUAUGGAGCUGGCUACCACCUGGUGAUGGUGAAGGAACCCACCUGUCAGGUGGCAUCAGUGACGAAAGUUGUCCAGCAACACGUCCCUACAGCAGUCAUGGAGAGUGAGAUCAAUGCUGAACUCUCCUACCUGCUGCCUGAUGACCAGUCAGCCAACUUUGCUGCUCUCUUCACGGAGAUUGAAAACAAGGGGAAGGAACUCGGUAUAUGUAGCUUUGGAACUACCGCCACCACCAUGGAGGAAGUGUUUCUGAAGGUCGGCGAGAGCCAGGUGGACACCGGGGACGACGUUGCCACCAGACCGUCUGGAACGAUGUCCUAUGUCAACCCUCUGAUGGACAACGAGAAGGAGAUCAAUGGUAGCCUCAAGGUCCCCAGUCAAAACGGAAUGGCCAAGAGCCCGUCGUACGAAAGUGUGACCAAAUCAGUCAAAGAUGACAACUUCUUAUCCUUCAACAAGGGCUUCAAGAAAGCCACUGGAAUACAACUGGAGUUGUCCCGCUUUAAGGGCUGCUUUGUGAAGAAGGCUCUCCACACGUGGCGAAACCGACUAAUCAGUGUUGUCCAGCUGGUCCUACCCGUCAUAGCCACCAUCCUGGCCCUGGUAGUGGAGAAGACGAGACCAGGAGUGUUAUCCGAGGAAUCCCUUGUCCUAGACCUCAGCCCCUUCGAAGGAUCCUACGUACCCUACCAGAAUGGCUCUGUAACGCUUACCGAGAGUUUUGCCCAAUCCUAUAUUGGCCAGCUUGGCGGUGGAGACACAGCUGAGUUUGCAGACUUCAGUCAAGGUAACAUGACAACCUACCUCCUGUCCAGGGCAGACCAGCUUGGUGUGUCCACAUACAACAAAAGAGUGAUCAUAGGCGCAGAGUACCAAUCCGAAACGGUUGCAAGAGCUUACUACAAUGGCCAGCCUUAUCACGCCGCUCCCAUAUCCCUCGCCUACAUGAUGAACGGGAUGUUGAAGUCCUUCACAUCUUCCGACUAUUCCAUCACAACCCAAAGUUAUCCUCUUCCAAAGAACGUAUCUGAUGCUUCUGAACAAAAUGCUCUUAUCGCUUCUAGCUUUGGGUUUACUAUUGCCUUCAACAUCCUCUUUGGUAUGGCCUUCCUGACUUCAUCCUUCGUCUACUUCCUCAUCAAGGAGAGGCAGGUUGGCUCGAAGCAUCUUCAGGUCGUCAGUGGAGUGGGACCUUUUGUAUUCUGGAUGUCAAAUUUGGCCUGGGACUUCAUCAACUACAUCAUUCCGUGUUUGGUUCUGUUGCCCGUCUUUGCUGCGUUUCAAACUGACGCUUACGUCCUGGACGGUCGACUUGGCCUCAUCCUUCUAGUGUUCAUCAUCUACGGCUGGUCAGUCCUCCCCUUCAUGUACCUGCUACAGUAUAUGUUCAAAACACCAGCCACCGGCAUGGUCAUCAUCAUCAUCCUCAACAUCCUGUCAGGUUUGCUGACCCUGCUGGCGACGUUCGUGUUGAUGAUCCCAGGGCUGGGGACGGAGGAUGUCGGGGAAGCCCUGGACUGGCUCUUCUCCAUUGUGUUCCCCCACUACUGUCUGGGGAAGUGCUUCUCCGAAAUGUACGUCAACAAAGUCGUCGCGGAUACCUGCAUCAAGCUCAACUACGAAUCAUUAUGCGCUCAGGGCGUGCCAAUGCCUUGUUGUAAAGGGAACUGCGGUGGCAGCACGUGUCUCAAGUUCUACUCAAACUACCUGGAAUGGGACACCCCUGGUAUAGGCCGGUUUCUCGUCUUUAUGCUCCUGCAAGGUUGUGCGUUCAUUACGCUGACUCUGUGUAUAGAGUACCAGAUUCCCCAGCGUGUGUGGUACGCCCUACGUCCUAAGGAAGCAGAAAUGGAAAACAUCAUGAUCAACCGCAUGGAAAACGUUCAGAAUGAAGACAACGAUGUAGCCGCCGAGAAACAGCGCGUUGAGAUGUCGUCCCCGACUAGCCGGGGUAAAGAGGAUGCACUCGUGUUGAGGAAUCUGUACAAACGCUAUGGGAACUUUGUGGCUGUCGAUCACAUCAGCGUAGGGAUACCAGAGAAGGAGUGCUUCGGUCUUCUCGGUCAAAAUGGCGCCGGGAAGACCACGACGUUUAAGAUGUUGACGGGAGAUGUGAUGGUGACGAAUGGGAAUGCUUACCUCUGGUCAUAUGACAUCAAGCAAAAUACACAACAGGUGCAGGAGAACAUGGGCUACUGUCCCCAGUUUGACGCCCUGAUUGAGCAGAUGACAGGACGAGAGACUCUCACCCUGUACGCCAGACUCAAGGGAGUGCCGGAGAGCUGCAUCAAAGGCGUCUGUGACAACCUUCUGGAUAUCAUGAUGCUGAAGCAGUAUGGAGACAGGCCAACUGGGAACUACAGUGGAGGAAACAAGCGUAAGUUGAGCACCGCCAUCGCUCUGGUUGGAGACCCGGCCUUCAUCAUGCUGGAUGAGCCGUCCACAGGGAUGGACCCCAAGGCCAGGAGGCAGCUCUGGAACGUCCUGUCAAAGGUCCGGGAGUGCGGCAGGACCCUUAUUCUGACUUCCCACAGCAUGGAGGAAUGUGAUGCUCUAUGUACGAGAAUAGCUAUCAUGGUCAAUGGCCGCUUCGUCUGCUUGGGAACGCCACAACAUCUGAAGAACAAGUUUGGUCAGGGGUACACUCUGAUAGCUAGAAUGGGCGUUAUGGACAAUGGACUGACAAACGCCCCAACUCAGCCCCUAAUCGACUUCAUUAAGGCCAACUACCCCCACGCCCAGGUGUUCGAUGACCACCAGGGCUACGCCCACUUCCAGAUUCCGGAUGCCAGCGUUCGACUGGCACAGGUGUUCAGUCUGAUGGAGAACACCAAGUCACAGUUCGGCGUUGAGGACUAUUCAGUACAUCAAACCACAUUGGAACAAGUAUUCUUGACCUUCACGCGCACUCAGAAUCCCCCAAAAGAAGAUAAAACGAGUUUCUGCAAGAGAGUGUGUUGUUGCUAGACCUGGCGUGUGUGGUAUUGGUGUAUGAGUUGUUCUUGCCACUGGUUCUCAGGAGAAGAGGAGUGAUGCUGGAAUCCCAAAGAAUGAUCUCGUUGAUGUUUGUCAUUGUUUCCUUGCAGUGUAUUCUCAGUACUUUAGGGGGUUUCCUUAUAGGGAAGAGUUCGUGAAUGUAUUCCUUUCUGAUAAUACUGUUGCAACAUGGGGAAUCAAAGAGCAAGUUUUACCAUUUUGUCUGUGAAGAAAAUCGAACCCGGAUCUUCGAUGUUGCGGGGAAACGUUCUAUCUGCAAGACGAUCCUGGCACUCUUUUUAUCUACAAAAGAAAACAUAUAUAAAAAAUAUACAAAUGUAAUCACUUCACCUGUUAAUAUAACUAAUCAAUUGUUGAGUUUCUGGACGGACGUCACGUACAUGUAUAUCCUGUCGGACACAAUGCUCAGUGAUCUUAUUAUGCAUGGAAAUAUCAGGUCAACCGAAAUUAACAAUUUCCUUCUGAGAUCUUUAAGUGAGGAUUAGAAAAUUUAGAUACAUUUACAUUUACGUGACAUUAAUAUGUUCACCUAUAAAAAAUAUUUGUUACUGGUAAUAUAUUUACCUAUUUCUUUAGGGUGCGAUGGAGUAGCAUAGUGGUGAAAGUGUUCGCUCAUCACGCCGAAAGCCCGGGAUCGAUUCCCACAUGAGUAUAUGUAUGAAUAUUGGUAAACGCGGCGUAAAUCUAUACUCACUCACUCCUAUUCCUGUAACUCAGCGGAAUGUCAUGUUUUGGUGUCAUGUAUUUCCCGCCGCAUUUAUAAACGCGUAGUUGUUGUCUAAGGAAUUUAUAUGUGAUGUCUAUUUUUGUAAUAGAGGACCAUAGUCCUCGAGAAUUAAUACUACAUUUCAAUGACACUCCCCCGUGAGACCAAACGGAGAUUUGUUAUCGUUUAAACGGUGUUAUGAAUGUAUUUAUGAAAACAGUAUUUAUGUCCCUGGUAUUUGUUAUGAAGGUGUACCACUUUUAUGAAAAAGGUUUUCAUGUUGUAGAAACUUGUUGAGUUUUAUUGUUUAUUUUUGCAGUAUAUUACGUAUAUAAAGUAUAUUUUAUUAAGUAUAAAACAUCUCGUGAAACUGCUUCAUUGGUGCGAAAUACCAUGAGUGAUUGCCGGAGAGAUUUACAGAUUAUUUUAAAACAAAAACAUAGUAUUUUACUUUAUAUGCCAAAAGAAGUCAGAUGAUCUAACGUGUAAGUGCUACAAUAGCACUAAUAUUACAUUGUUACGUAUUCAUGAUACGGGAAUUGCAGAAUCGUUAACUAAAGGUAAAGUUCCGACGAGCAGCGACUGCCUUAAAGUAAAGUUGAAUGUGUGAUUUAAAAUUAGGCGGGUGUUACUUUGAAUUUCAUGCCCGGGAAUUAUAAUUUGGAACCUACAACAUGUAAAUGUACAGUCACGAGGAUUUGGGACCACAAGUCCCCCUGCUAUUAACAUGUAUAAGGCAGUACAUACGGAUCAACUAACGGAAAUCCAAAAGUAAAAAUAUAAUAAGGAAGAGACGUUGUGGAUGUCAACGUCUUUAUUAUGAGGAACAACAGCUCGGAGCAUGUUCUUACUCCUUUAUCAGGUAUAGACUCCAAAACGUGUUGCGCAAAAUAAAGCGUUCGCUCGUCACGCCGAAGACCCAGACAAUGUGUGAAACCCAUUUCUGGUGUCCCCCGCGGUGAUAUUGCUGGAAUAUUCCUAAAAGUGGCGUAAAACCAUACUCACUCACUCACUCACUCAUAAUAAAGAAGUUGAUAUCCAUAAAUUCUCUUCCUUAUGCGUAUCACUUUUAAAUGCCAUUCAAAAUGUUAUGUUUGGUUAUUGGCGCGUCCGUAUAAACUUAUUAAAGCAGACAGAAAGUUUUUAUUUUGUAUUAAUAAUUUUUCUUUGAUGAGUUAUAACCACAGUAAAAUGUUCACUCACUGUUACAUUCAGAUCAACACUGAAAUCGGAAGAAAACGAAAUCAGAUUAUCAAACAUUUAGUGACUUACCUUUACGUCGCAUAUAGCAACAGAUCAUCGACAAAACUCUUUAAUAAUAUUAAAUGUUGCCGCAGCAUUGUUACUGUAAUUGGUUAGUGUCAUGAGGCCAAUGUGAUCAUCGCAUAACAUUCUAAUGUUACUGACGAUGCUUUCUCUUUCUGUGAUAUAGACAUGGUCGUUGGAAUCGCGAGACAUUAAUGUUACUGCGUACAAACAUCGUAAAAGCAGGUGCACAGCGAGCUGAGUAAUAACCUGAGCGUUGAACCAAUUUCCACAAAACGAUCUUGGCUGUAAUAUUAUCGUAACUCGCAUAUCUUAGAACGUACUAACGAUAGUCGUAGCACUUACGUCGCUUUAUGCAACGAAGGCCAGGAAGCACAGAUAACCGUUUGCAGAAUACAAUGAUUGUUCGAAUCCGAACAAUUAUGUUUUUGUUUAUUCGUAAGUGAUGUAUUUUGUUACAUAGGGCACCUUUAAUUUUAUAAGGGAUGGGCUACCUAGGGCGUUUAUUCAGUUCAAAAUGUAUUUUUUAUUUUGUAACCAAUUCGUUUUACUAACCACAGUUGAAUGUAUACAUUUGUUCUUAAUUUGUAAUAUUUUACGAAUAUUUACUUUAAUCUGACAAUUUAUUUCAAACACAUAUUGAGCAAAACUACUUUGUUUUGUUUUUGGGAUAUAUUAUAUUUUUAAACUAAUUAAAACAAUUUUCUUUUGUUUAGGUUUCAUUUGUUUAGGUUCUGAUAAUGUAUAGUAACAUAUUUUAUCUCCAUUUUGCUCUUACAUAAAGUGAUUAGAUUUCAGCCUAAGUCGAACAACCUGUGAAUGCUUCAUCUCAAGCUAAAUGCUAAAAUAUUCUGUGAUAUAUUACUAAUACCGUUCAUGUUGCCAAUAAAUGUAAUUUUUGACACGUU